GCGCCCGGCUGGGCACGGGCACGGGCACGGGGCCUAUCGAACCCAGCGCCGCGCAGUCACGUGGGCCGAGCUCCCCGGCGGCCUCCCUCGGACCGGCCUUUCCCCCCAGCGCUGCCUUGAAAGACUCGUGUUGCCACGUAAUCCUGCUAAACCCAGGCACAGGCGGUUACAGCGCAUCCAGGGGUCUCUGAUCAAAAUGAAUUUCAUUAAAAGAUUUUCUGCUUCAUAUCUGAGGAAAAGCAACAUGCAGCAAAGAUGCCAGAGUACCAAAUGACCAACCAUUCCACUUGGGUCACGGAUUUUAACUGAUCCGACUAAAGUUUUUUAACAUAACAUUUGUUCAUACUGAUGCCAGAGAAUUAAGGUCACACUUGUCAUUGCGUGCUAUCUGAACCCUGGCAGAAAGGCAUCAGACUCUGCAAGGACCACAUGCAGUGGUCACAAGAAGAAGAAAGAGCCAGGGAAAAAGUAGCAGAGAACUCACUUGUGAAAGUUCAACUGGAAGAUCAAGGUAAAUAUGAGCAAGAAGCCAGCAAAUAUUGGAAUGCAUUUUGCAAGACUUAAAAUAACUUUUUCAAGAAUCGUAAUUGGCUGUUUCUGGAGUUUCCAGAAAUUCUUCCACAAAACAGUUCAGAGGACUGUUUUACUUCUGUCCAAGGAUGUACAUACACCAAAAGACAAAUGGAAUCUGUUGUUGAUAAGCAUCACAUGAACUCUGAAAAAGAACCUGGGAAGCUAGAAUCUUUCCCUGGUAGCAAUGCUACUUACAGAAUACUAGAGGUUGGUUGUGGUGCUGGAAACAGUGUAUUUCCUAUUUUGAAGGCUCUACGAUAAGCUGUUGAUACACCUGGGGGCUUUCUGUACUGUUGUGAUUUUGCUUCAGGAGCAGUGGAGUUGGUAAAGUCACACUCAUCCUACAAUCCAGCCUGGUGUUCUGCCUUUGUUCAUGAUGUGUGUGAUGAUGCUUUACCCUGCCCUUUUCCAGAUGAGAUCUUGGAUGUCAUUCUUCUUGUCUUUGUGCUCUCUGCUAUUCAUCCUGACAGAUUACAAGGAGUUGUAAAUAGACUGACUAAAUUACUGAAACCUGGAGGGAUGUUGUUAUUUCAAGACUAUGGAAGAUAUGAUACAACACAGCUUUCUUUAAAAAUGGGCCACUGUUGGUCAGAGAAUUUUAAUGUCCAAGGAGAUGGUACCAGAGCUUAUUUAUUUACCAAAGGUGAAGUACACAAUAUGUUCACCCUAGCUGGACUAGCUGAAGUGCAGAAUCUAGUUGAUCAAUGAUUACAAAUCAACAGGAAGAAAAAGGUGAAAAUGCAGCGAGUUUGGAUACAAAGCAAGUUCCAAAAAACCAUUGCAGCUACCUCAGAAUAG